UAAAAUCAACCUUCAAAUACACAUAAAAUCAUCUGCGCAUGCGCAUUGGCAUUAUUUACAACCAUGCGUGGCAGUAAACUAAUAAACCGUACAGUAUUCAUCUUUAGAUUAUAAAAUUUCCAAAAAUGUCCGGCAAAUUUGUUGGAUUCUCAGACGACGACAUAAAAAACGUUCAAAACAACGAACCAUCAAACAAAAACACUCAAAAUUUGGAAAAGCCAAAAGCCAAAAAACCUCCACAAAAAGUCGUUAUUCGUUUAGAUCCCUCUCGAACAAAAAUAUUAGAAAAAAAGUCCACCAUCCAACCAGAAUCAACAAAUCCGGAACAUAAUAAACAAGAUGAAGUAAAGAAUCAAGGUCAAAAUGAAGAAACAGUCAACUUAAAUAAUAACCCUAGUGAAAAUGAAUCAAAUAUGAACAACAAUUUACAAAACACCGAACCAAAACGAUUUAUAAAUUUGGAUGAAUUUCAAUUAAAACAGAAACAAAUAGAAGAAGCUAAUAAUCAUCGUAAAGAACUUCUUGCUAAAGCUUUAGCUGAUAGGACAAAGAGAACACAAGAAGAAGCGAAACGUUUGGGUGAAAUUCAAGAAGAAUUUAAAAAGUUAGAUAUGUUACUUUCAAACGAUGUUAAAAUACUUCGGAAAAAAAUUGAAUUGGCAAGUUUGCAUUAUAUGGAAGCACAAAAACAAUAUUUACAAGUCGAAAAGGCGUUUUUAGCAGCGAAAAUAAGUCUACAACAACAAUUAGAGAAAAAGGAAUUGUUAACCGAGCAUCUAUGUCAAAUAAUCGAGCAAAAUGAGGAGAGAAAAGCCAAGAAAUUAAUGGAAUUAUUAAAUAGACUUAAUUUAAAUGAUAGCGAAGAUACGAAAUGUAAAGAUGAUAAAGAUACUUAGUUAUAAUAAAACAUACCUUUUUAAAUUUUGCUGCAAA